AUGAAGACUUCUCUUUUAGCGGGAGUGCUAGGCACUGUCGUUAACUUCGUCUCUGGUUCUACAUUUAGUCCAGUUAGACCUCCUGCGAUUCCUUUAGCUGUCAAAUCACCAUACAUGAAUACAUGGCUGGAGGCAGGAAGUGUUGGUGCUAGUGGAGGUAUUCUCCCGGGGUAUUGGCCUCGUUUCUGGGCCGGACCUCAACCUGACGGUUCGGUUGCCGGAGGAGCUGGCUCCGUCACAGGUUGGGCUGGUCUCAUCAAAGUGGACGGCACAUCUUACACCUGGAUGGGUGCUGCAGGCGUCAAUGGAGUUGUUCCACCAAGUGUUACUCAAGAUCAUAUGGAGUAUACUUCCGCCAGAUCCACUUUCUUGAUGACUGUCGGCGGAAAAGUAUCAAUGAACGUUACAUUCUUAUCCCCGCUCACACCAGAUGACAUUCGACGACAAUCGGUUAUCGGUACAUAUCUCUAUGUAUCUGUAAAAUCAUUGGACGGCGCUACUCAUGCUGUUGAGUUGUACUGUGACACAUCUGCAGAAUGGACUUCCAUCCACAAAUCGGAUACCGCACAAUGGGAUUAUACUGUAAAUGAUGGCAUUGGUUCCCAUCGAAGUUGGAGACAAGAUCAAAGCGAAUUCAACGAGGAUUAUGCAGAUGAUCAAGCUCAUUGGGGUUACUGGCUGUGGUCUACCAAAGCCGUCGAUGGCAUGUCAUACCAAUCGGGACAGGACUCCGUCGUUCGCGGAAAUUUCCUCAAUAAUGGUUCUCUUCCAAACACUCAGGACACAGUCUACAGAGCUAUCGAAGAUGCUUGGCCAGUAUUUGGAUUUGCGAACAAUCUCGGAAAUGUUGGAAGUACUACGGUCGAAACACUGUACACCAUUGUCCAUGCUCAAGAAAACGCAAUCAUUUUCCUCGGAGAUGGUGGACUGAGAUCGGUUCCUUCUUUAUGGGCUAGUUAUUGGAAUUCUGAUGUCUCUAUGCUCACCGAUUUUUACAACGAUUGGUCCAUGAAAUGGGGUGUCUGGGACCAUAAAAUUGCUGUCGACUCUCUUGCAGCCGGUGGUCAAGAUUACUUGACUAUCACCUCUCUUUCAGCUCGUCAAGCAUUCGGAGCUGUCCAACUCUGCGGAACUCCCGAUAAGCCAUACUAUUUUCUCAAAGAGAUUAGUUCCGACGGCAAUACUCAGACUGUCGAUGUCAUGUUUCCAGCCAUGCCCAUCUUUCUCUAUACCAAUCCUGCUUUGCUUAAGUACUUACUUGAUCCUCUUUAUGAGAACCAAGAGGCCGGUCACUUUCCUCAGGAAUAUUCUCUCCAUGAUUUAGGUGCCAACUAUCCUCGUGCGAUUGGACAUCCAACUGGUGAUGGAGAACCUAUGCCUCUUGAAGAAUGUGGAAACAUGAUUAUCAUGACUCUCGCCUACUCUCAACAUUCUUCCGAUACCGCAUAUUUGACUCAACAUUACCCAUUGCUCAAACAAUGGACUACUUUCCUAGUCGCUGAAGCUUUGAUUCCAGCAAAUCAACUCUCCACCGAUGAUUUCCAAGGCACUCUCGCAAAUCAAACCAAUCUUGCCCUCAAAGGUAUCAUCGCGAUCGAAGCAAUGUCAGUGAUUGCAAAUAUUACCGGAAAUUCCGCCGAUGCAUUGAACUAUACAAAUAUUGCACACGAUUACCUUACAAAAUGGGAGAAACUCGCUAUUGUCCCAGCAACUGCAUCUGUUCCAGCACAUACCAAAUUGGCCUAUCAAGAUAAUACUGGACAUGGUCUUUUGUAUAACCUUUACGCAGAUAAACUUUUGAAGCUCAAUUUCGUCCCAAAACGCAUUUACGAUAUGCAAAGCGAAUACUACCCAACGAUUGCUAAUGUAUAUGGUGUUCAACUUGACUCCAGAAAUGUUUGCACCAAAUCCGAUUGGGAAAUGUGGGCAGCAGCAAUCGCAUCUCCAUCCACAAAGUCCAUGUUCAUCUCCAAACUUGCAACAUGGAUUGGUGUUACUCCAACCGACCGCGCCUUCACCGAUCUUUACAAUACUCAGACUGCAGACUGGUGGUCAGGUCCCUUCAUCGCUCGUCCAGUCGUUGGCGGCCACUUUGCUCUUCUUGCAAUUGAUUGA